AUGCGUAUUUUUUGUGUUAUUUUAUGUUUUUUAAGUGUUAUUUAUGCAAUUUAUCUUCCAGGAGUUGCACCAAAGAGUUAUAAAGAACUAGAGAAAGUUUCUUUAACUGUAAACUCUUUAAGGCCAAUGGCUGGACAUAUAUCUGGAUCAGUUCUUCAGUAUUAUAAGAAUGUUUAUAUUUAUGAUUAUUAUGAUAGUCGGUUUCAUUUUUGUAAUAAAUAUGAUGCUAAACCAUUGCCGGAAAGUUUAGGAAGUAUUGUUUUUGGAGACAGAAUUUUUACAUCUGAUUUUGAAAUUUUUAUGGCUAAAGAUGAAUCAUGUAAACUUUUGUGUUCAACAAGUAUCCCUCCUCCAGAUGCUAAAUUUGUGAUGAAAAGGAUCAUGGAGAAUUAUGGAAUUAAUUGGCUUGUUGAUGGGUUACCUGCAGCAGGGGAAAAUUAUAUUGAUUCUAUUGGAAGUGUUUAUAGUUUGGGGUUUCCCUUAGGGAAAGUAGUGGAAUCUACGGGCGCGAUUGAAAUUAAUAAUCAUUAUCAUAUUACAAUAGAAUAUCAUAAACUUGGGAGUUCUGUUUAUCGUGUUGUUGGAGUAACUAUAAAACCUUCUUCAAGAACAAGUAGAAUUGCUCCAAAUGGAAAUAUCGAUUGUUCUAGUAGUUAUCCAUAUGUUCUUCAUGAAAAUCAAAACAAUUAUAUUACUUAUACGUAUGAUGUUUCUUGGAAGGAGUCUGAUGUAACGUGGGCUACUCGUUGGGAUAAAUAUCUUCAUAUAUAUAAUCCACGUAUUCAUUGGUUUAAUCUUUUUAGUUCUUCAAUAAUUGUUUUUUUCCUAAUUGGAAUGGUGAUAACUGUCCUAGCUAGAACGCUUCAUAGAGAUAUCAUGCGAUAUAAUAGUGAUUUUUUCGAUCAAGAAGAAUUGCAAGAAGAUAGUGGUUGGAAGCUAGUUCAUGGUGAUGUUUUUCGAAUUCCAGGUAAUCCUAUGCUAUUGAGCAUUUUUUUGGGAAGUGGUGUUCAGUUAUUUUUAAUGGCUUUCGUGACUAUUUUUUUUGCAAUGCUUGGAUUUCUUUCUCCCUCUAAUAGAGGAUCAUUAAGUACUUUUAUUAUUGUUUUAUAUACAUUCUUUGGAUUUAUUUCUGGAUAUGUUUCUGCACGUAUGUAUAAAAGUUUGGGUGGUCAAUUUUGGUAUGUGCUAAAAAAUCUUAUACUUACACCUGUUUUUGUACCUGGAAUUGUUUUUCUCACAUUUUCGUUCCUUAAUUUUGUGUUAAUUGGUUCUCGUUCAUCAGGUGUAGUUCCAUUAAGGACCAUGUUUGUUAUUGUUGCUUUAUGGUUUCUUAUAUCUGUACCAUUGAGUGUUUUUGGUUCUUUUUGUGGAUUUCGUGCAGGGUCAUUUGUUCAUCCAGUAAAAACAAAUCAAAUUCCAAGACAAAUUCCGACUCAAGUUUUCUAUAUGAAAUUUUUACCUUCAUUUUUCGUUGGAGGAAUACUACCUUUUGGUGCAAUUUUUGUUGAGCUUUAUUUUAUUUUAAAUAGUAUUUGGUUUGGUCGUAUAUAUUAUAUGUUUGGUUUUCUUUUUAUUUGUUAUGCUAUUAUGGUUACGACAUGUUCAACUGUAACUAUAUUAAUGACGUAUAUGCAAUUAUGUUCUGAAGAUUAUCAUUGGUAUGGGUGGUGGAGAUCUUUCUUUGUUGGAGGUGCAUCUUCGUUCUACGCUUUAUAUCCUCUUAUUUUUUUAUACAGUGAUAUAACUAUGAAUACUAAUAAAAUAUAA